AUGGGGCAGCCGAGUACCGAGGUCUCUACACCGCCACUUUGCUGGGACGGGAAGUGUCAAGAAUGCCGUAAGCUCAUGUCAGGCUGCAUUUGCUUUCAGGAAGAAGGUGGCGACGUCGAUUCGCUAAACUCUAGUGCCACAUUUCAAGUGACAGUAGACGCAACGAAGUCGCGCCCUCUUUGGAAUGCACUUCGAAAAAUGAAUCGCAAGUCGGUCGCGCGUCCGAUACUCCAGCAGCCGUUCACUGCGUCUAAUCCCUCCAAUCUGAAGAUUCAAGAUCAAACGCGACGCGAAGUUUUGCCGUCUUCCAAUGCCCAGUCUAGACCGUUAUCGUCCAAUUUGCGGCAUCAAUUGCAGCGAAUUUCUAAAUCUCAAACUGGAAAGCAUGAAAGCAGCUUGGAACCAAUACGCCAAACUUCGUCGGAACGCCUUGCUGACAGGCGGCAAGACAGACGGCACUUUUCCCGGUUUAAAUCCUCUUUUAAAGGAGAUGCAAAGAACGCUGGUUUGGAUACGAUGCAUGGCGAUGUGACUGCUAUCCAUGAUAUUAAGGAGAAGCUAAGUUAUGGGCCCGAAGAAGACGAGAAUGACGAGACUGUAUGGGAGCUGUAG